AUGGCUCCGACCAAGUCACUCGCUAUGUUUCUCUUUCUGUCACUCUCUUCGCUUUUAUUCUGCCGCUCUUUUGCUGCCUUUAUUCCGACUGCGGAACUCGUUCAGCUUCCGCGCGAUCUUGUACAGAGACAGGUAUCCACGAGCAGUAGCAGCUCAGCUACCAGCACCAAAAAGGCCGACCCCCAAUGCACGAACGGGCCCUUCACUCGCCAAUGCUGGGGCAAUGGGUUCAGCAUUGCCACCAACUACGACAGCACAUGGCCGAAUACGCACCACACCGAAUACUAUGACCUCGAGAUUACAAACACCACCAUGGCUCCCGAUGGAGUUCCGAGGGUUGUCUACUCGAUCAACAACCAAUUUCCUGGGCCUACCAUCCGAGCAAAGUGGGGGGACACAUUGCAGAUUCGGGUGAAGAACAGCCUCACUACCAAUGGCACCAGUAUACACUGGCACGGUGUACGACAGUGGUACUCUAACCACAUGGAUGGUACAAACGGUGUAACCGAGUGCCCUCUUGCGCCAGGCCAGACUCGCACAUACACCUUUUUGUGCACACAGUUCGGCACGACAUGGUUCCAUAGCCACUAUUCCGACCAGUACUCCGACGGUGUAGUCGGGACGAUCAUCAUCGAUGGUCCUACCACAUCGAAUUAUGACAUCGAUCUCGGCACGUACCCCAUAACCGACUGGUAUUAUCGUCCUGCGUUCGAGAUUGCGCCCCUGGUGCAGCAUGCCGUCAUUCGAGGUCCACCACCAGGCGACAACAUCCUCAUCAAUGGCACCAACGUCAAGGUCAAUGGCACAGUCGGCAAAUACAGUCGCACUACGCUGACCAAAGGGAAAAAGUACAAACUCCGCCUCAUCAACACUUCAACCAACGACAACUUCAAGGUCGGCCUCGACGAACACAAUUUCACAGUUGUGACGGCAGACUUUGUCCCCAUCAAACCGUUCGUGACGAAAUGGCUGUUCCUGGCGAUCGGCCAGCGCUACGACGUUAUUAUUGAGGCCAACCAGCCCGUCGAUAGCUACUGGUUCCACGUCGUGCCCCAAACCGGCUGCAGCAAUAACCUGAACAAGAACGCGCUCGCCAUCUUCACAUACGCUGGGGCCACAUCAGCCACACCAUCCAAUGCGACUCGUUCCAACGCGCCGGCCGGUGCUCCAGACUGCUCCGACCCGAACAAGAGCCUCGUCCCGUACGUCAAGCUCGACGUACCAGACAACUACACCAUCCCGCAGUCGUCGCACCUCGAGGUCGGGUUCGCCAUUGUGCAAGACGCCGCCCAGCAGACACAGGUGCAGUGGAACUUGGACUUUAACGCCAUCAACGUCCCCUGGGGCGAUCCUACUCUGCAGUACGUGCUCGACAACAACACCAACUUCCCGACCAGCAUGAACCUGAUCAGCUUGCCCAACGCCAACACGUGGAGUUACUGGGUCAUCCAGGCGCUGCAGACCCAAGCUCCACCCCAGCCGCAUCCCAUCCACUUGCACGGCCACGACUUUUACGUCCUCGGCGCCGACUCGGGCGUGUACAACAACUCACAGACCCUCAACUACAAGAACCCGCCGCGGCGGGACGUGGCCCUGUUGCCGGCGAACGGGUACCUCGUCCUGGCCUUCAUCACGGACAACCCCGGCGCCUGGCUCAUGCACUGCCACAUCGCCUUCCACGUCAGUCUGGGUUUCGGAGCCCAGUUCUUGGAGCAGCCCGAUUAUAUCCGUAGCAAGCUGGGUAUCAAGCAGGAGUGGCAUGACGAAUGCAAGAGCUGGAACAAGUACUAUGCUACCGCGCAGUACCUCCAGGAAGACUCUGGUUUGUGA